AGUGGGAUCUCAGAAGUGAAACUUGUCGCUGUGGAUCUAGCUUAUCGUUUGAUUGGAUUCUUCAGUGGCAUUGAAGCCAAGCAACCUAACUCUGCUAUCCGAAAAUGUGCUCGUGUCCAGCUGAUCAAGAAUGGGAAGAUUGCUGCUUUUGUACCCAAUGAUGGUUGCUUGAAUUACAUUGAGGAGAACGAUGAGGUCCUGAUUGCGGGAUUUGGACGGAAGGGCCACGCCGUGGGCGAUAUUCCCGGAGUCAGAUUCAAGGUCGUGAAGGUCUCCGGCGUCUCGCUGCUCGCCCUGUUCAAAGAGAAGAAGGAGAAGCCGAGGUCAUGAGUUGGCCCUGGGAAAGUUCAGUUCCUUCCUCACCAUCCCUGAAUGCAGAACUUCAUUACUGAAAUUUUGACCAGAUACCGUGUAAUUCCCCGACACCUUUCUUUCUUUCAUGUCCUUUGUGGUAGGGGAUCCUAAAUGUGGUGCCCCUGUUCCAACUAUAUAAUUUUAUCUUAUUUAAUUUGUGGCAAAUGAAUCCAUGUGAUACGUUUUCAUCCUUA